AUUUUUACUUUUUCCAGUGAUCCUUUGAAUACCUCUUUGCCAAUAUCCAGUACAGUACAGGAGUCCACGUACACAACCUCUGCCAUCACCUCUUCCAGUCUGACCUGCUCAUCCCAGAGCACUAGCCCAGUAACAACCACUUCCUCCUAUGACCAGACUUCUGUGCAUAGUAGGAUAGCGUACCAAAGCUCCAUGUCUCCGUCUGAAUCAACCUCUGUUGCAGUUACGAACGGGCACGGUGGUGUUAGAACACAGGCAACUCUUGACACUACUUCAUCAGUUCCAGCGCCUAAGACAGAGUCUUCUCCCUCGCUGCCUUCUGCCGGUUCUCUGCCUAGUGUGGUAUCCACCACUGCUUCGCUUCUGCCUUCAGCAUCGCAGCACGCAGCAGCAUUGCCCAGCUUGCCUCAGUCCAGUGAUUUGGCCAGCAGCUCGCUUUCCCAGUUGAGCAGCUCUCUUUCCAAUCAUCAGAGCAGUCUGUCCCCUGCCUCAGUGUUGUCUUCAAGCACAUCACAUGCACACACUAGUGUUGAGAACACAUCUUCGCUCCAGCCCUCGACAACCUUUUCAACUGCUUCAACCUCAGCCACUAGCACCACCUCUUCCGUUGUCAGCAUGGCAAGCAGUAUGAACACUACAAACAGCCUUGGCCUGAGCGUUAGCAGUGUGUCUAUACCAGCUGCUACCACACGGGCAGCUCCCUUGGUGUCUUCAGGCAAAGCUCCCCCAAACCUGCCCCAAGGUGUACCGCCCUUGUUGCAUAACCAGUAUAUUGUGGGACCUGGAGGACUUCUGCCAGCUUACCCA